AUUUUUCAAAUUCACACGCUCUAGCUCUUUCGUCUUUAUUUCAAUACCAAUUAUCAUCAUACAAGUUGUUAACUUGUUCCAACAUAUCACACAGCAGAAAACAACACAGAUGGUGUUUUCAGAGCUGAAUGCUCUCUCUCUCUCUCUCUCUCUCUCUCUCUCUCUCUCUCUCUCCAUGGUAAAAAACCCCAUGAGCAAACUUCCAAUUUCUUCCAUUCCUCUUGAUUGAAGCCUUGCAUGUGUGAAAUUAUUGCUCAAUAUCACUUGGUUGAACCGACAUGAAUGGAUUUUUUGAAGGAAUCAAGGCACAGACCAGAUUUGGAGGAAUAGAGAGAAGCUUGAAAUCCCCUUUUUCAUCAAUUCUUAUUCUCUCAACAAAUUACUCAGGAGUGUGAGAUUCUUUUCUUGUUCCUGAUGUGUUGGAAUAUAGUUGCACAAUGAAGCCCUUCUCUUACUUUCUCUUGUGUGCUUGUUUUUAUUUGAUUUUACUUCAUUUUUAAAUAAAAAAAUUAUUUCCCUUUUUGGAAAUUGAUUCCUUCCAUUGUUUUUUCUUGUUCUUUGAAGUUGGGGCUUGUUGAAUCAGUCAAAACAGAAAACAUGAGCGACGAGUCUAAGGCUUACAGAAAGGCUACAGAUCUCUUGCAUCAGCUGGAGGUUAUCCUUGAAUCGGAUGCACUAAUUGAUGAGCUAGGGUUUAUUCAUCCAUCCCAGUUUUCCUUGUUAAAUGAAGAAUCUGGCAUUUCAGCUAAUUUAUCUGAUGAAGCCAUCCAUCAAUCAGCAGACAGGAUAGCACGCUCUGACGAAUAUUCCAACCAAGAGAAACUAUGCUUCUGGAACAAAGAUCAUAAAUUGGGAAUUUCAACUCAUGUUCUUCUACCGUUAUAUAAAGCUGCUAAACAUGCAUUUUUUACGGCAUUUAAACAAUACAAGAUGUGUGGCAAUCAAUCUGACAAAGUUGGGAUUUCUUUACCUGCUUUAGCAUCCCAUGAUCAUCUUGAAAGUAUACUUUUGAGACAUAGUAGGUCUCUUCUACUGCUAAGCUGUGAUUUUAUGACUGCUUGGAAUUGCAGAAAGUUAUUAGUGUCCAAGAAGAAGCAGAUCUCGAUGUUUUCAGACGAACUUCUACUGUCAGAACUUGUGCUCUCGUGCUCACCCAAAAGUGAACAAGCUUGGAGUCAUAGGCGAUGGGUGAUCAAGUCAAUUUCCGCAAACUGUUCAAAUUUCCAAGAGAUUUUGGGAAAAGAAUCUGAGUUGGUGGAAAAAAUAGCUGAGAGAUCAAAGAUGAAUUAUCGUGCAUGGAACCAUCGUUGCUGGUUAAUCUCAUACAUGACUAACGAACAGGUGCUAUCUGAGAUGAAGAAAUCCAGAAGUUGGGCUGCACUUCAUGUUUCUGAUAAUUCUUGCUUUCAUUAUCGCAGACGGCUACUGCAGAAAAUUGUGAAGGAUCGAAGUUACGCAGAAGAAACUGCAUCUUAUGGUCAUAAUGCUGAUAUUGUCCAAGUAGUGAAGGACGAACUUCAUUGGAACGAAACAUUGAUAAAGCGUUACGUCGGAAGAGAGGCUCUAUGGCUUCAUCGUCGCUUUCUUUCUAUGUGCUGGAUAAAUAGUUUUCCAACUGUUUCUAGUGACGAAUCCUACCAUUCCAAGGAGGCAACUAGCAUAUAUCAUGACUUUGGCACCUUUCUGCAGAAUGAAUUAUGUCUCCUUCAAGCCUCAACUUUUGCUGAUGAUGAUUAUGGGGAUUUCCAAGCACAAGCCACGUAUUCCGCGAGUUACAUACUGUGGUUGAAAGUGCAAGUGCCGAAGCCUCUCGAAAAUGAGCUCCUUGAGAAGAUAAGAGAGGUAGAUUUGAAGACCUUAUUGGAUAAGUCAUGCCCAGAGAGAUCCUCUCUAUUCAAUUACUUUAUGAGCUAUAUAGCUAUGUGAGAGAGUUGUUCUAUCUCUUCCUAUUACACAGAAUUGAAAAAGCUUUGGCAAAAUUAGAUAACUUUCGUCCUAUUCCAGAAUGUAACUGUGAAGUUGCAAAGCAAUUGAUAAAAUGCGUGAGUAUAAAGAUGGUGAUCAAGUCAUUCGUUUUUUGAAAUGUCAAGGAGACAAUUUUCUUCUGUUUACAAGUCUUGUUGAAGAAGCCUUGACUCAUCUAUCCGAUUCCUCAUCAACCCCUGACCGAUGUAGAGAAAGUUCAGCCGAGGUAUAAGCUCUUGCUAAGUCGAAGAGAUCCACUUUGCCAUCUAUGCCGCUCACUCCCUUAAUGACCAAUAUUUAGCCGGUAGAUUCCAAAUUGUGCAAAUGGAUCCAUUCCCUAAUUUUUGCAAGGUGUCAUUACUUGUUCAACAAGACAUGUUAAAAUCAGGUUGGUAUGUGAAUAGUAUGGUCCGUGAUCUGAAUGGAUAACAUUAGAUUUUUAUAUUGAAAGUUAUUGUAAAAUUUGUUUGAGUUGAGAAAUAUUGCUCUAUAUUUAAAGUAUUUUACAACCUU